ACAUAUAUACUUACGUCUCUUUUUAGUGUUCAAAAUACAACAAGGACAUCUAACGUACGGUUUCAUAAAUGGCUGUAGUCACAAGUUUAAAGAAUUUUGGAAUUAGAGCUUUCAACACCCGGCGUCUUAUUUUUAAAGCGGUGUUCUCAAAUAAUAGACAGCUUGUCACGAUGUCAGAAUUACUGGAUAAAAUAGUUGAUGUGGAUAUCGAUCGUUAUGGAAAAUUUAAAUACAUCUUGGUCGGCGUUUAUGACGAACGUGUAAAAGUCAGCAAAUUCAUCGUCAGAGGUUAUGCUAGAGCUCAGUGGCAUUCCAACAUUUUUAACGAGGUUGCCGAUCAUGUGGAUACGAUUCGUUAUUUGAGCUGCAAGUGCCACGGCGGUGGAAGAAUCGAGCACGACCCGGACGAAAAGACCAUCAAAGUCUACGGAUACUCCCAAGGCUUCGGAAAGGCGGAUCACGAAGUGACUGUUGGUCUACUGAAAAAGAAGUACCCCGACUACACGAUCACUUGGUCCGACGAUGGAUAUUAGACCGAAGAAGGAUUUGUUCUGCGCGUCGCACAACGAGAGAGAGAGAGAGAGAGAGAGCGUUAAAUGUGUAAUUUAAUAAAGAGUGUCUAUGGCUUCUA